AUGCCCUUGAGACGGCGAAAGGUCGUCUUGGGACAAUAUAGAAGAUGUGAUCUUUCCAGGCACGUCUUAUUUACUAUCAGUAAUCAUGAAGACUCGCAGGUCUUCGCCCUUAUAUUGGACCCCACACACCCUGGAGACCGUACAGCCUGCUUAGUCAACACCUUACCUAUACACGACGAGACAUGUUAUUGGCCAAAUGAGAUUUACGAGCCGUGUUUUGGGGGCUGUGCCGAGAUCUCGUGUGACAACCCUCGCAACCACCUCCGUCCCUGCUACCCGUACUGUGAGCCAGGCUGCGUGUGUGAGGAGCCUUACGUCCGUGACGAUCGCACCCACCAGUGCGUUCUACCACAGGAUUGUUCACCGACACAAAUGGGUAUUCCCGUACCUAGUAAGAGAUCUGGUCAACCAGGGAACCCACCAGCGAAGAUGGUUGGAAGAUUACCAAGGAGUCACAUUAAAAGGGAUAAUUUACAAGAGAUUAGUGACACAGAUGCUAGUAUGAGUCACAUGGAGGAUUUCAGACGAGCAGCGGAGGUAUCAAGAAUGGGGAAUUACUUCAACAUCGUCAUCGCCCCGCCACCUAUAAAAGCAUUACAACCAAGAAAAACUUUACUGAGUGACACUCAAACAAUACCUGCCAAAAACGAUAUUUGUGAUGCAAAUAGGAUUUACGAUUAUGACGAUCCUGAAGGUAUGAAGAGACAUUCUUUUGUCGAUGAAAGACGAAAUUGGAGGAAGAAAGCACUGUUGAAAUCAUACGAUCAAGACCACAAAGAAUGGGACGAUAGGAGAUAUGAACAUGAAGUACCGAAAUAUUUAGAUGAACCAGAUGCAAAAUACUUUGGAGGACCGGAGAGACAGGAUGUGGACCGCUCUGAGUCUUUAUAUAGAGGACAAAGACGCUACGACGACACUGAAAAAACAAAUUUGAUGCAUAAAACAAGAAGCGCCGAAGUCGGACAUCAACCGUCCUUUUCUGACAAAGAACCGGAUAAAAAAGCAGCGUUUACAAUGACUUGCGAGCGAGUACAUGAGAGAUACGAGCCGUGCUUCGCUGGUUGUGCCGCGGUGACGUGUGACAACCCUCGUGAGAGGCUGCAUCCCUGCUACCCCUUCUGUGAACCGGGAUGCAUCUGCAUUCAACCAUAUGUUAGAGACGAUAGAACACACAAAUGCGUCCUACCGGAAGAAUGCUCAAAUUCUAAGUUAUUGGAACACCAUAGACGCCAUUAUAUCGGUGAACCGACGCGGGUUCAGAUUGAUAUUACUCCUCCUGAUGCAUUCUAUACUGAAACAACUACUGGCAAAAAUAUAAAUAGCCAUGUCAAUGAAAUAGCCAAGGACGCCGACGACUUGGGCGACUGGUUAUAUAAUCAGUUUUUCAAAACAAUAGAAAGCCAAGUUGUUAACAAUACAAAUCAAAAAGAAACAUUAACAAGGCGCAGCGGAUCUAAUUACAAGAUGAAGAAACCGAAACGAACGAAUAAAUGGAGUAAGGGAAAAAAGAAAUACAGGAAAAGAAGCAGGAGUAAGAAGAAGAAGAACUUACUGCGUAUUAAUGAGAAUGAUAGUUUAUUUGAUAUAUCGUCGAGUUCAAGCUCCGAUUCCAGCGGAUCCAGUUCAGAAUCUGUAUCGUCUGAUGAAUUCCACGAGAAAGACGACUUUCAUGACACUGAUAAUGAACACGGACAUAAAAAGAUCGUUAUGAUCAAUAAGAAACCAAAACCGCCUUUACCGAGCUUUAUCUUUUUGCCAAAUGUAGAUACACCGUUUUAUCCACCUAUAGGAUUACCGCCGCCACCUAUAGUUCCCAUGUACCCAAUGGUUCCAGUACCUCCAGUUGUUCCAUUACUCCCUAUUCCAGAUAACUGUGAAACCUCAUCUAUACCUUCAACCACUAAUGGCGUCACAACAAAAUCUAUGGAUACCUCAAAAACUACAUUGGAGGAAACUACGGAAGCUGUUCCACAAGAAACAGAAACAGAGGCAGGACAGACGGAGGCUACUGCUACUGAGAUAACUAAAACAGACACAGAAACACCUAAACCAAAUGCACUGUAA